UCAAGUAAUAAGCUUGAUUAGUUGUAGUCCUCAAGAAAAGAUCCCCGACAAAAGUUUUCGCUCCGACGCUUCGGUCAUUAGUUUUGGUUUCUGGGUUCUUGCCCGGUUUGCCGCCUACGGAGAUGUCGGCGGCAUUGGAAUGCUGGUCCGGCCGGCCGAGCACUGAUGAGGACAUGGUGGAACAAGUCCUCAUGAAAACCCACCACCGCUCCGAAGCCUUCCCUUCCCUGACAUCCUCCACUGGAUCCGCCUCCGCCCCCUCCUCCACCCCCGCUUCACCAACCUCCACCUCCGCCGGUUCACCUCCCUCAAAGAAGUGGCUUCGCCUCGGCCGCAACUUCGCCGGCGCCAUCGCUGCCCUCAAGAACUCCCUAAACCUCGACUCCUCCGCCCCUCCCCGCAGCGAGAGCAAGCUUUCCUGGGCCGGCGUUGUCCGCAGCCUCACUCAGCUGUUUCCCACCAGCCAGUUGCCGGAGAAGCUCGUUGCCGACGUCCGCCGCCACUUCGACUCUCUACCGAACAGCUACUCACAAGCUGGAUUUGAUAUGAAGGACGUCAUUCUUCAUCUUCGCUUAGUCGACCAGGUCGCCGCCGAUGACCUACCCGCCUUCCAGAUCCAACAGAUCCCCGGCGAAAACUCCGGCUGCUGCGAAGGGUACUUCAAACUCAGCUUCGUCUGCAACUCGUCCUUCUCGUGGCCGACGAUGUCCAGCGCCUUGGACGGCGUUGUGCUCUGCUACAAGAAGAUCCAGAUCUUCGAGAAAAAGGGUCUCAUCCUCGGCGUCGUCACCGCAGUCAUCCAUCCCGGCGGCGAGAAGCAGUUCAAAUCUCGGAUUGAUGCUGCUCUUCGAUCCGCCUCCAGGAAGCAGAGAGCUCCAGGCGUCAAGCUCCCGUUCAGCCUGUGCGGUUGCCAGGAAGAGGGCUCCAGAGCAACCGAUGACGAUUCCCACUUCGCCGCAGACAACUCGACAACAACCGAAUUCCUCCGCAGGACACAUCUCCCAAACCCCCUGCCUGAGUCAUCGCUUGUCGUCUACAUCGACGAGUGGCAAACCGUCCGCUCCGGCAGGGAUGAGCUCGACCGUUGGCUUCUCGGCGCCGAUGAGAUGGAAUUCGUCGAAAGGGUCGGGGCCAGUUCAUUCACAGGAUUUUUUAAAGGGAAGAAGGUGUGGAUUAAGAAAUUGAAAGGGUGUGAGAAGGGAAAUGCGUAUGAGAUCGAGAUUCGGCAGGAUUUGAUGCAGCUAAUGAACUGCGGGCAGAAGAAUUUGCUGCACUUUUGUGGAAUCUGCAUCCACGAAAGCAAUGGGCUCUGCGUCGUGACACGGUUGAUGGAGGGAGGAUCAGUCCAUGAUUUGAUACAGAGGAACAAGAAGGUCCCUGUCCGUGAGGUGAUGAUGAUUGCCUUGGAUGUGGCAGAAGGGCUUAUGUUCAUGAACAGCCAUGGAGUGUCUUACAGAGACCUGAACAGGCAGAAAAUUUUGUUGGAUCGGCAAGGAAAUGCAUGCCUUGGGGACAUGGGCGUUGUUUCUUCUUGCAUGUUUGCAGGGGAGGUUACAGAGUAUGAGACUGCCGGCUACCGGUGGCUUGCUCCUGAGAUCAUUGCGGGCGAUCCAGAGAGCGUUACUGAAACCUGCAUGAGCAACAUAUACAGCUUCGGCAUGGUGUUAUGGGAGAUGAUAACGGGAGAAGCUGCCUUCUCAUCCUACUCGCCGGUGCAGGCGGCGGUGGGCAUUGCCGCCUGCGGAUUACGUCCGGAUAUCCCAAAGGAUUGCCCUCCAGUUCUAAGGUACCUAAUGACAAGAUGCUGGAACAAUUGCCCGACCAAGCGGCCUAAGUUUUCAGAAAUCGUCGCCAUACUGCUGAAGCAUAACGUUUCAUGAUGGUUAGAGCUCAAAUUCUUGGAUGAGCCAACCUCAUUUUGUAUGUUUUUGCGCAGUAUGUUGAAGAAAGAAACGGGGCAUGCAUGCUUAUUUUUUUCUCUAUAAUUUAGAUCCAGUGAGUAUAUGAAUCCUUGUUAUUCUCUUCUUGCGCAAAAAAUUGUUUGUUUUGUGGGGGCAAGUUUAGCCGGCUGCUUCAUGGAUGGCGAUCGUGGCAUUGUAUCUGGUAUUUUUUACUCACCUUUCAUCUUAAUGUAUAGUUCUAAUUGAGAUUACUUUUUAAUUGUUGCUGCUA